AUGGCGCCUUCACCAACCGACCACUUUGACAUCUCGGCUUACAAGUACGCCUGCUCGCGUCCGGGGUCUCCGCGUCGAUCGGAUCCCACUCCGCCGCCUUUGGCAACUCGCAACCUGACCUAUUCUCAUCAUCACCCACUACCCAUGGACGCCUACAGCCAGCGCCCAUACAGCGCGCCUGCACUCCCAUCACCUCCGCUCUGGUCACCAAACAUCUUCUACCCGCUCGGUGCACUCGUCUGGUACGCAGGCAGCGUGUGGAGGUGCGACUCUCCGCACACGUCCGGAGCGCUCGCGCGGGAGCCCACUUACAGUUUGCAUCUGUGGACGCCAGUGGGCAGCUCGGUCGUAUAUGGUCCAGGGUACGGCGCCGACCAAGGCUCCCAACCUCCCUAUGGGCAAUAUAACUCGUUGCCAGAGCGGCCAUCAACAGCGCCUGUCGCGUCGUCUUCAGACCGCGCGCGCCUGAACGCGCUCCGCGAAGAUGCCGAGGCGGCCCGCAACCCGGCUGCCCUUCGAGACGAGCUUCUGGGAGCGCGCACAUGGCGCGUUGGCGGCGUCGGUGUGUUUUCCUACGCCGAAGAUCUCGAGGUUGAACGCACGCGCCGCGCCGCGUGGCGAGACUUCACCGAAUCGAGUGGGCGAGACGCCUGGCUCCGAGCCGCUCGUGCACGAACCGCCGCAUACGACCGCACCGAGUCGACAGGCGCUCUCCGUCCAGUCGUGCGUUGGCACCUUGUCGAAGGAUCGGCUCCGCUUCCACGCGAUGUUAUUCCAAUCGGAUACGAGUACGACGAGCAGCUCUAUGCUGCGCGUGUGUGGCACGAGCGAGGUAUGCAUGUCGGCAAGGCUGGAGACCACCUGGCAGGCCGCUGCGAAUGGUCCUACGGCGGCGGGACCUGCGGCCCACCCGAAAACUCGGUCGCGUUCGAGGUUCUUUGUGGCGACCCCUCGUCCACACAGUGGGCCGCGUUUGGGCACGGCAUGUCGGCAAACAUCCCAGGCUGGCAACCCGUCGAGGGUGGGCGUGAGCGUGACGGUCGCGCACUUUUCAUCGGCAAAGCAAACGUCGAGAACGGCGUGCAUGUUGGAAAAGUGCAGGUCGACGGAGACGCUGCAAACAUCGGCUACGGCGGGUUUGAGCGUAUCGUUCGUCCAUUCGAGGUCCUCACAUACGAGUCGUACCAGCGUCGGUGA